GUAUUUUUUACCUCUCUUUUUUUUUUUUCCCCGUCUGAUGGGCUUUAAUGGUUUUUUGGCCUAGUCCUCAGAUUCUCUUUCUUUCUCUUCUUACAUAGACAAACCAUUUCAGAAAAAGCUGAAAAACAUAUUCAUGAGAUGAUGGUUGGUAAGCUAAGCGCUCAUGUAUGAACUGGCAUACAACAGCAGCAUGGUACAUGAAACACUAGAUUGAUUUUGAUUUUCGUUGCUGGGUGUUGCAUUGCGUUUGCAUCAGUUCUUUCUGAUGAUGUUUCUUGUACAAGACAUGUUCUGACUGUUGAGUUUAUUGGUUCCAGAAAUGGAAAAGGAAACUGCUGGAAAAGGGAGGUAAGUGCAAAACUAGAAAGCUAAAGCAGGUAAAGGGGUUUUAUAUUUUUAGAUUCUUGUUUUAAGCUUUCAUGGGAAAAGUGAAGGUGGAGAGUGACAAGACAAUUUAUUGGCAAAAGAGAAAUGGAAAAUAAUUAUUAUAGUGGUAGUGAUUGGUGAGGAAGAAGGGUUUUGAAUCUCUUUUUUUGUUUUUAAAAGUUCGAGAAGAAAGAGAAGAAAGAAGAGUAAAGGGAAGAAGAAAAUAUGCCAACAGUUUGGUUUUCUUUGAAGAGAUCUUUACACUGUAAAUCAGAGCCAUCAGAUGUUCAUGACCCCAAAACCAGGAAGCAAUUGAGUACAAUAUUGACUAGGAAAGCAGGCAGGUCAGGGUGUUCAAGGUCUAUAGCAAAUCUCAAGGAUGUCAUUCAUGGAAGCAAGAGACAUUUAGAGAAGCCACCAAGUUGCAGUCCAAGAUCCAUUGGGAGUAGUGAGUUUCUUAACCCAAUAACUCAUGAAGUUAUUCUUAGUAACUCAAGGUGUGAGCUGAAAAUCACUGGUUUUGGAGGGUUCCAAGAUGGUAUCAGUAACGGUGGCAAUAAUGGAGCUAAUGGUGGUAGUGGUGGUGGUGAUAGUGGUGGCUCAACUUUUGUUGGUACUUUAAGGCCUGGAACACCAGGGCCCGGAGGGCACCCAACGAUGCAUUAUUUUAAUCCUUCUUUAAGGAACUCUUCAGCUACUCCUCCAAGAAAGUCACCUUUGCUUGUAUCAGAAAGGGACGGCCCUGGAUAUGGUGGUUCUGGUAUUUUUGGUGGUAGAAAUGUCCAUUCAAGCAAUAGAGUUUCUCUCGAGACUGACCCUAAUGGAUGUUCUACAGUGACUUGCCACAAAUGUGGAGAGCAAUUUAGCAAAUGGGAAGCUGCUGAAACACACCAUCUAUCUAAGCAUGCUGUUACUGAACUUGUGGAAGGUGACUCAUCUAGAAAGAUUGUUGAAAUUAUAUGCCGGACAAGUUGGUUAAAGUCUGAGAACCAUUGUGGCCGGAUUGAAAGAGUUUUGAAAGUUCACAAUAUGCAGAAAACUCUUGCUCGAUUCGAAGAAUACAGGGAAAUGGUAAAGAUUAAGGCAAGCAAACUUCCCAAGAAGCAUCCGCGAUGCCUUGCUGAUGGAAAUGAGCUACUGAGGUUCUAUGGAACAACUGUGGCAUGUUCUCUUGGCCUAAAUGGUUCCUCAAGUCUUUGUAUAUCUGAAAAAUGUUGUGUUUGUCGGAUUAUUAAAAAUGGAUUCUCUGCCAAGAAGGAGCUCAAGGAAGGAAUUGGUGUUUUCACAACUUCCACAAGUGGAAGAGCUUUUGAGUCGAUUGAAAUUCUUGAAGAUGAUCCAUUUAUAAGGAAAGCUUUGAUAGUUUGCAGAGUAAUUGCUGGGAGAGUUCAUAGGCCUUUGGAGAAUAUACAGGAAAUGGCAGGGCAAACCGGGUUCGAUUCAUUGGCCGGGAAAGUUGGUCUCUAUUCAAAUAUAGAGGAGCUUUAUCUGCUCAAUCCUAGAGCUCUCCUUCCUUGUUUUGUGGUAAUCUGCAAACCUUGAGGAAACAAUACAAGAGUUUAAACUUAGAAGUUGUGAAGUUAUGUGAAUCCUUUUUCCCUUUUCCUUGGUAGCCAGAGGUUUCGUCUCCUCUUUUUGAAAGAAUUCUCAUUCUUCUUGCAAGCUUCAUGUGCAUCUCACAUUUGAAUAUUUCAUGCAAUUAUAUUGCUUCCUCCCUGCUUAACAGUUGUAUUGUAGUUGAAAAAUUCAUCGAAAAAUUUUUAUAUUCCUU